GUUUCAUGCAGGCCUGAGAGUUUGUAUGAAGGAGUUCUUGGACUUAUCCGUGCUGCUUAGAAUGGAUGGAUGAUAGAUAUUAAACUCAUGUGUAUACUCUAAAUUCGGAUCUUCCACUGCAGUUUCUAUCGGUUUUAUACCACCACAGCAGAGCUGUCUAUCAUUACACACUAAUCAGAGUAACAUCAUCAUCAGCUUCCAUCAUGUUCAGCAAACUGAGCACGAAAAUCGCCCUCCGAAAAGCAGGUCUUCCAUCAAAUACUCUUUCCAGUUUUUCAAUCACAAACCUCGAUAAUGGCGAUAAAAAAUCCAUAAACUUAAAGUCUGGGAAAAAUAAUGAACCACCAGCUACAUGGGCAGAUACAUUUUCGAAUAUGACUUCAGAAGUUAAUGUUCCGAAGAGUUGGAAAUCAUGGGGAAAUCCAGCGCCGGCGAUAGCACAGGUUGCUCCUGCGCCGAUGGUGGGAACGAAGGCGCCAAGUACGGGGAAGUUGAUACUUCCUAUGGGGGAUAGAAGGGCUUGUGUACUUGUAUUUUUGAGGUGCUGUGGCUGUGCUUGUGAGUUUGUUUACUGCUAUUGAGAAAUUUCGAGAUGUUGUAUCCGUUCUCCUUGUCUAUCACAAUCCGGACAACCCACCUAGAAUCAAGACUAACAGAUUUUCCUUCCCAUUCAGUUGCAGAAAAGACCUUCAUCGAACUCCGUCGCUUAGCCAAUAAACAUCAAAACCUACAUUUCAUAGCCAUAUCGCACAACUCCAAAGAAGCAACAGAUAAAUGGGUGCUGCAAAUCGGAGGAGCAUGGUCAGUUCAAGUAGUCAUCGAUGAAGAUCGGGAAAUCUAUGCCAACUGGGGAUUGGGAGUGAGCACGACGUGGCAUUUACUGAAUCCAUGGACUGAAAUUGCACGACAGAAACUGGGGAAGCAAGAGGGGAUUUGGGGAAGAGAAGUCGAUCCUAGUGGGAACCGAUGGGUCGUGGGGGGAAGUUGGGCUACGGAUGGGAUGGGGACGAUUAAAUGGGGUGGUGCAAGCAAGAGUGCUGAUGAGAUACCUGAUUUGGUAGAGGCCUGUAAGAGUGUGGGUGUUUUAUGAGAAGUUAAAAGAUGGCUAUGAUGUAGACUGUGGAGUUUUGGCUACGGAGUUCUGGACUAUUAAUAUCGAAGAAUCUCGGAACUUUCGGUUCGACUUUCUUGAAGAGCUACAUCAUCAUACUUUAUCGGGUACGAAGAAGUAGACCUUCCUGCGAGAUUUCUGCUCUUAUAUUGGAUCAAGGGGUUCGUUGAUGCAGUUCCAUCUUGUUUCACAAUAUGUAAAUCCUGCGUUUGGGUCACCAACAAUUAAAGUAUCAUCAGCCAGUC